CUUUUCCCAUACAUCACAUCAUAUCUGUCUGGCAAAAAAAUCACAUUUGAAGGGGCAUAAAUCCCGCAUAAAUUGGACCUAGUGAUAGUCUCAAAUAUAUGACGAUCCUAAAUUUUUAUUGAUAUUUUAGGAAAAAAUAAAUGGCUUCGUCACGCAUUCAGGCUACUGCGCGGCAUUUAGCUAAGACGUUCAAGAAAAAAGGCAGGUUUGAUGUUGGAAUAGCAGCUGACUUACCUCAAGCAUACAAAAAAUUUUGGCGUGAAUGGAAGGUUUUGAAACCUGCUGCCGUUCAUUUCGUCCCUCAGGAGGGCAAAUGGAAACGAGAUGAGCUAACGGGAGAGACCUUGCCUAUCCAAAACGUGGCUAUUCCUCUGAAGCAUCCUUCGGAAAUACAUGAGGGUAUCUGGGGUGGUGAAGCUGUGAUAAAAGGUUUCCAAAAACGGGAUCCUCAUAAGCGCCGUGUGCCUCACUACUGGGUCCCUGUAUUGAAACGUACUGUGGUCAAGUCCGAAGUCCUUAACACUCAUCUCUCAGUGACUGUCACUGAUCGGACUAUUAAACUCAUCAAUGACCACUAUGGAUUUGAUCACUACCUGCUCAAGACACCGGCCUGUGAUCUGGUGUCUAUGUUAGCCCUGAAAUUGAAAAAGCACAUACUAACAGAAUUGAUGAAUGGAUGCCCAAGAUAUGCACAUGACCCUGCAAAACAACAGCAAAUUUAUGAGGAAUAUAAAACUUACUUGUCUUCUUACACUCCGGAAGAAAUUGACUGGUAUGGAUUGACCUGGUAUGAAGCUCUGUGCAAGGUAGCAAAACAGAAGGAAGCUGCCUCAAGACCUGUGCCCUUGAAGAGUGUGUACAGAAAGAAUUUAGUGGAGAAAUUAAAAGCAGCCGGUAUUGAUGGCAGCUCUGCAACGGCAGAGGAAAUUUCAAACACCACCUCUUGGCUGUCAAAAAUGAACUUGUUUGGGAAGAAAGAUGAACAAGCAUAGUGAACUAAAGUAGUGAAAUGAUAUUUAAAACAAAUUGUUAUGUAAAUGUAUCAUUUAAAAAAUAGAUAGGUACAUAGUGAAGUUAAUAAUAUAGUUUUUUUUUUUUGCGAAAUUUGUUUUUUUAAUGAAACCUCAUAUCACAGGAACAAGUAGUUUAUUAAUAUACAUAAAUAUGGCUCAUUUGAUAUUGAUUAUAUUUAAUUAGCAUAAAAAUAAUGUUUACUUAUUAUACCUACUUAGAAUCUAUUCACAAUGAUAAUCAUGUCUACAUCUAAAAAAUAUGAAUUAUCAGGCAUAACAAAAUUGUCUAUAUUGGCUAUCAAAAAUAUCAAUAUUAAAUACCUAUUAUUACUCUAUGAUUUAUGUCUUUGAAUACUAGUCAUCCAAUAAUGGUGCUACAACACAAAUAGGUACAUGAAAUUCCAAUUUGUGACUUGAAAAUC